AGUAUGGGUCGCCUUGAUGGGAAGGUUAUACUGCUGUCUGCAGCAGCACAGGGCAUUGGACGAGCUGCUGCUAUAGCUUUUGCUAAAGAAGGAGCCAAAGUCAUUGCUACAGACAUCAAUGAGACUAAGCUGCGUGAACUGGAGAAAUAUCCAGGAAUUCAAAUACGGCUUCUGGAUGUCACCAAAAGGGAGCAGGUAGAAAAUCUGGCCAAGGAGAUUGAAAAGAUUGACGUCCUCUGUAACAUUGCAGGGUUUGUGCAUCAUGGAACCAUUCUGGACUGUGAGGAGCAAGACUGGAAUUUCACUAUGAAUCUCAAUGUUCGCAGCAUGUACCUAAUGAUCAAGACAUUCCUUCCCAAGAUGCUUAAACAGAAAUCUGGAAACAUUAUAAAUAUGUCUUCUGUGGCAUCCAGCAUUAAAGGAGUUGUGAACAGAUGUGUAUAUAGUACUUCAAAGGCAGCAGUGAUUGGUCUAACAAAGUCUGUGGCUGCUGAUUUCAUUGAACAAGGCAUCAGAUGCAACUGUGUAUGUCCUGGAACUGUUGACACACCAUCUUUACAGGAAAGAAUCAAAGCACGGCCAAACCCAGAACAGGCAUUGAAAGACUUUCUAGCCAGACAGAAGACUGGUAGGAUGGCUACUGCUGAAGAAGUGGCCCACCUCUUUGUCUACUUGGCCUCUGAUGAGUCUGCCUACAUGACUGGCAAUGAGCUAAUAAUUGAUGGAGGAUGGAGCUUGUGAUUGACCCUACCUGCAAAUGGACAAUCAUACCAUGAAAGGCAAAAAGUGAGAUCAUGUUUCUCAGUUAAGAUAGCUUGCCAAGAUUUGUCACACACAUUAUAUCUUUCACAAUAAAUUUGGUGCAUUUUUACUGUUACGUGAUCUCUUUCCA